CCGCGGCCGCCGCUGCCCGCCCCGCCCGCUCCGCCGCCAUCGCGGCCCGGCCGCCGCUCCCCGCCUGCCUCCCUCCCUCGGCCGCGGGCAGGAGGGGCCGCCCGGGGCCUGGCGGCCGCGGAGAGAUGAGCAGCAGCAGCAAUAAGAGGGCCCCCACCACAGCCACGCAGAGGCUGAAGCAGGAUUACCUGCGGAUCAAAAAGGAUCCAGUGCCUUACAUCUGUGCUGAGCCCCUGCCCUCCAACAUCCUGGAAUGGCACUACGUGGUGCGAGGGCCUGAGCUGACCCCGUAUGAAGGUGGAUAUUACCACGGAAAAUUAAUAUUCCCUCGAGAAUUCCCUUUCAAACCCCCCAGUAUUUAUAUGAUCACCCCCAAUGGAAGGUUCAAGUGCAACACAAGGCUCUGUCUGUCCAUCACGGAUUUCCACCCGGACACGUGGAACCCGGCCUGGUCCGUGUCCACCAUCCUGACGGGGCUGCUCAGCUUCAUGGUGGAGAAGGGGCCCACGCUGGGCAGCAUCGAGACCUCCGAGUUCACCAAAAGGCAGCUGGCUGCACAGAGCUUAGCAUUUAAUUUAAAAGACAAAAUCUUCUGUGAGCUCUUCCCUGAAGUGGUGGAGGAGAUGAAGCAGAAGCAGAAGGCCCAGGACGAGCUGAGCUCCAGACCUCCCUCCCUGCCCCUGCCCGACGUGGUGCCGGACGGGGACGCGCACUUUGGGCACAACGGGCACCCCCUGCUCCACGGGCACGUGGCCCUGGCGCCCGGGCACGCCGGGGGGCUGGCGCAGCCCCCCAGGAACCACGGACUCUUGGGGGGAGCCCUGGCGAACUUGUUUGUCAUCGUGGGCUUCGCCGCCUUCGCCUACACAGUCAAGUACGUGCUGAGGAGCAUAGCCCAGGAGUGAGAUCCCGGAGAAGACCAAAUUUUAGUGGGGUUUUGGGGUGAUUGGGGCUCUCUGGGGGGGAAUUUGGGGGGUUUUGCCCUUCCUGGGUGGAAUUGUGGUGGAGUUUUGGGUUGGGAAGUCAACGCGUUGUUGGGGACCCACCUUGGUUUGUAGAGUUCUCGUCCAUCUGUGCUUUGACCAUUGAAGAUCUUCAGCAGAUUUUGACUUCGUUGAGUUUUCAGUCCAGGAUGAGUGGGACUCUUUGGAAUGGGAUUUUUUGGGUGGAAAAUUUGGGAUUUUUGCCCCUGCUGGGUUGUUUUGGAAUUCUGUGUUGGGAAGUCAACGCGUUGUUGGGGAACCACCUUGGUCUGUAGAGUUCUCCUCCAUCUGUGCUUUGAACAUUGAAGAUCUUCACCAGACUUUGAUUCCAUUGAGUUUUCAGUCCAGGAUGAGUGGGACUCUUCGGGUGGAAAAUUUGGGGUUUUUGCCUUUCCUGGGUUCUUUGUUCAGAAAUCAAAGUGUUGUUGGGGAACCACCUUGGUUUGUAGAGUUCUCGUCCAUCUGUGGUUUGACCAUUGAAGAUCUUCAGCAAAUUUUUAUUCUCUUGAGUUUUCAAUCCAGGAUGAGUGGGAUCCAUUGGAAUGGGACCUUUUGGGUGGAAAAUUUGGGAUUUUUUGCCCCUUUCUGGGUUGUUUUGGGGUUUUGGGUUCUGCUGCUCAUCGUGGGCUUCGCCGCCUUCGCCUACACAGUCAAGUGCGUGCUGAGGAGCAGAGCCCAGGAGUGAGAUCCCGGAGAAGACCAAAUUUUAGUGGGGUUUUGGGGUGAUUGGGGCUCUCUGGGGGGGAAUUUGGGGGGUUUUGCCCUUUCUGGGUGGAGUUUUGGGUUGGGAAGUCAACGCGUUGUUGGGGAACCACCUUGGUUUGUAGAGGUCUCCUCCAUCUGUGAUUUGAACAUUGAAGAUCUUCACCAGACUUUGAUUCCAUUGAGUUUUCAGUCCAGGAUGAGUGGGAUCCUUUGGAAUGGGAUUUUUUGGGUGGAAGAUUUGGGAUUUUUGCCUUUCCUGGGUUCUGUGUUCAGAAAUCAAAGCGUUGUUGGGGAACCACCUUGGUUUGUAGAGUUCUCGUCCAUCUGUGCUUUGACCAUUGAAGAUCUUCAGCAGAUUUUGACUCCGUUGAGUUUUCAGUCCAGGAUGAGUGGGAUCCAUUGGAAUGGGACUUUUUGGGUGGAAAAUUUGGGAUUUUUGCCCCUGCUGGGUUGUUUUGGAAUUCUGUGUUGGGAAUUCAACGUGUUGUUGGGGAACCACCUUGGUUUGUAGAGGUCUCCUCCAUCUGUGGUUUCAUCGUUGAAGAUCUUCAGGAGAUUUUUAUUCUCUUGAGUUUUCAGUCCAGGAUGAGUGGGAUCCUUUGGAAUGGGACUUUUUGGGUGGAAGAUUUGGGAUUUUUGCCCCUGCUGGGUUGUUUUGGGGGUUUGGGUUCUGCUGCUGGUGAGAAGUCAAAUUUGUUGGUUUUGUGUCCCAAAAAUGGGGUUUUCUCGUCCUAAAAAUGGGGUUUUAUUGUCCCAAAAAUUCACUUUUUUUGUCCCACAAUCAGGGUUUUAUUGUCCCACAAAUGGGAUUUUCUUGUCCCAAAAAUUCAGUUUUCUUGUCCCAAAAAUUCAGUUUUCUUGUCCCAAAAAAUCAGUUUUCUUGUCCCAAAAAUGGGGUUUUAUUGUCCCAAAAAUGGGGUUUUCUUGUCCCAAAAAUUCAUUUUUCUUGUCCCAAAAAUUCAGUUUUCUUGUCCCAAAAAUUCAGUUUUCUUGUCCCAAAAAGGAGGUUUUAUUGUCCCAAAAAUGGGAUUUUGUGCCCCAAAAAUUCAGUUUUAUUGUCCCACAAAUGGGGUUUUCUUGUCUCAAAAAUGGGUUUUUUUGCCCCAAAAAUUAAGUUUUGUAUCCCAAAAAUGGAGUUUUGUGUCCCCAAAAUUCGGUUUUAUUGUCCCAAAAAUGGUUUUGUGUCCCAAAAAUUGAUUUUAUUGUCCCAAAAAUGGUUUUGUGUCCCCAAAAAUCAACAUUUUGUGCUCUGGGGAUGGAGGGAACAGCGCCUGGGGAGGGAAAAAUCCCAAUUUUGGGCUGGGAAUACCUUUGGGAAUUUUUGAGGUAAAACCCCAAAUUUGCUUCCUUUUGCUUCAAUUCUUAAAAAAAUAAAACAAAACAAAAUUCCUUUGCAAUUCCAAAAAGAUUUUUGCCCCAAAUCCCAAAUUUUUUUGGGGAUUCAUCUCCUGAACUAAAAUUUUAAAUUUUAUUAAAUUCUUUAAAACCAUCCAAACCCCAUUUUUUUACAUUUUUCCCUAAAAAUUUGUUGCAUUUAAACCCCAAAAUUCGGAUUCUUUGGAAUUCCCUGGAUUUGGGAAUGGAAUUUUUAUUCCCUUUUUUUUUUUUUUUUUUGUGUUUUCCUGGGAAUUCAACUUUCCC